AUGAAGAAACACAGCCCCAAGAAGAAAAGAGCGGUUCUGAAUAAACACAAUUCUGCUGUUCCAGUUACCCCAUCGAACACUCUGGCUAAGACGGUUGCCAAUCCUUUCUUGAAGUCGCCAUUAUAUGACCUCUUGCGUGUCUUUGAAAGAGCGCCUGAUCAAUGGGCUGCUCGAUACAUUUUGAUAUUGACAGCAGUUAUGUUGCGGAGUGCUGUUGGCUUAGGCCCAUAUUCUGGCCAGGGUGAAAAACCAAUAAACGGAGACUUUGAAGCUCAGAGACAUUGGAUGGAAAUUACCUCGCAUCUUCCGGUUGAUCAAUGGUACUUUUAUGACUUACAAUACUGGGGUUUGGAUUAUCCACCUUUAACUGCCUAUCAUCUGUGGAUUUUCGGGAAAAUAGGAGGGUUCAUCAAUAGUGAUUGGUUUGAGUUGGUCAAGUCGAGAGGGAUAGAAAACUCGGGUAUUAAAACUUUCAUGAGAUUUUCCAGCUUAAUUAGCGAUUUGUUGAUAUACAUUCCAGCUGUUCUCCAUCUCACAUCCAUUUUAAGCAGACACUUAAAAUUGGGUAGGAUGCAUCAAAUUGUCGUUCUUACGUUAAUCUUAUCUCAACCACCGCUCAUUUUGAUAGACCAUGGUCAUUUCCAGUAUAACUCAGUCAUGUUGGGCUUCUUCUUAUUGUCUGUGGCUGAACUCUUGAAUGGAAGUCUCGUUUUUGCAUCUAUAUGGUUUAUGAGCUCUGUGUUGUUCAAGCAGAUGGCACUUUACUACAGUCCCUUUAUUUUCUUUAUCAUAUUGGCUAGACUAUUCACACCAUCGACAACAAUUCCCAAAACCCUCACUUCUUUUAAAUUUGGAAAUUUACUCGCUGUUGGUCUCAGCGUCUUUCUCACAACUGUGGCCUCAGUUUCACCUUUCAUCCUCACUUCUCUGACAUGGACUGAUGCAUGUGUUUUGCUCAAACAGAUAUUAGUUAGGAUGUUUCCGUUUGAGAGAGGCCUCUUUGAAGAUAAAGUGGCUAAUUUCUGGUGCACUACGAAUCUCGUUGUGAAGUACAAUAAACUUUUCACUAAUUCCCAACUCAAAACUGCCUCCCUCGUGUUAACGCUUACGUUCGCAUUACCACCAUGUCUUUUAUGUUUCAAAAAACAGUUGAUCCAAAAGUCAACAUCUCCCGCUUUAGUUCUUUAUGGCUUUAGUGCAUGUGCAUGGGCUUUCUAUCUUUUUCUGUUUCAAGUCCACGAGAAAACAGUGUUGGUACCAUUGAUUCCAUCGACGUUUUUAUUGGUCACUAAAGAUCGUGAUACCAUUUCAAUAAUACAUUGGAUUAACAACAUCAGUACGUUCAGCUUAUUUCCUCUUUUGAAAAAGGACGGUUUAGUUUUACAGUAUGGUGUUACCUCUCUAUUGAUUAAUUGGUUGAUUGGUGGAUUCACUCUAAAAAGAAAGAACAACCUUUUGUGGCCGCACAAUCUGUCUAUUUGCUUGAAACUUAUAAUUGGACUUUCCUACUUAGCGAUCAUCGUUUUUCACAUAAUUGACUAUUCCAUUCCAGCUCCAGUUAGAUACCCCGACCUAUGGGUUAUUGCUAAUACGACUAUCUCCUUUGGGUGCUUCGGUACAUUCUAUUUGUGGCUUCUUCAUAAAGUGUAUUAUCUUUAA